AUGUUGGAGCGGAAAGGAAGACAGGCGACGACUAGAGUUCCGGGAGCAAGGGCGCAGGGAAAAACGAACUGGCAGACUGGUCAGAACUGCGAGCGAAAGCGAGUCGUGCUCCGCGGUUGCGCAUCCAUCGGAUUGAAGGGGCCCCAUGUGUCCUUGCACUUGAUUCAGUUGGUUGUUGUUCGCUUCCUAGACGAUGGAAUCCACAAGGCACGUCGGUCACAGGUCGAUGAGAAGGCCAAGGUGCCAAAGUGCAAUGGUUCGAAUGGCAGCAUGGGUAACGCGCUAAGGGUAUCAAGUGAAGGGGUAGAAGAUCGAUGGGGGAACGUCAACGUGGACAACGAGUGGGACAUCGAGGGCCUUGAUUCAUGA